AUGUAUUGUGCCAGUGCUAGGAAAAUGGUUUGUUGGUUACUGGUGGUGACACUGGGUUUGCUGGCCGCGGCCGCAAUCGAGCAGGUAGGAGCCCAUAGUCCCGGGCCGGGGCCAGGGCCAGGACCAGGUGUUGUGAUCGUACCAAGGCGCAGAUCCUCCAGCGACGGUGCUAUGCAGUCGCGUGCAGUGGAGACGCGCGUGCAGUUUAACGUGUUCGAGAAUAAACCAAAGGGCACUGUGGUGGGCUACAUCCCUACCAAGCCCAGCUUCACAUACCGCUUCAACGAGCCCCCGCGGGAGUUCGUUCUGGACGCGGCCACGGGUGAGAUCAAGACAAAUGCCGUGCUGGACCGAGAGGCACUGCGUGCUGAUCGGUACGACCUGGUGAUCCUCUCCAGCCAACCUACGUAUCCUAUCGAGGUGCGCAUCACGGUGCUGGACGUGAAUGAUAACGCACCCGAGUUUCCGGAGCCCACUAUCGUGGUCUCGUUUUCGGAGAGCGCCAUCACGGGCACGCGACUACUGCUGGACGCGGCCUCCGAUCGGGACGUGGGCGAGAAUGGCGUCACGGAUGACUACCGCAUCGUCGGAGGCAAUCACGAGGAAAAGUUUCGGCUGGCUGUGACCACUAGUCCGAAUGGUGACGUGUAUUACUUGCAUCUGGAGACAACAGGCAAGUUGGACCGCGAAAGUCGUGGCUUCUAUGCACUCAACAUUUCGGCCCGGGAUGGCGGCGAACCAGCACGUUACGGGUACUUACGUGUCAACGUGACAAUCCUGGACGUGAACGACAACCCGCCGAUCUUCGACCAUAGCGACUACAUCGUAUCGCUGAACGAGAGUGUCCUGCCUGGCACGCCCGUGCUGCAGGUGAUGGCCUCCGACAACGAUCUGGGCGACAAUAGCAAGAUCACCUACUAUCUGUCCGACUCGGAGACACAGUUCACGGUCGAUCCGGAGACGGGCGUGAUCGCGACCACGGAGCAGCUUGCUUGCCCACACCAGAACUGUCACGAGAGUGGUCGGAGUUGCCCCAAGAGCUGCGUCUUCACGGUGUUUGCGCGCGAUCACGGCACACCGCGACAAGAUGGGCGCACGUACGUCACGGUGAACCUAGUCGAUACGAAUGACCAUGAUCCGGUGAUCCGGUUCCAGUACUUUCCACCGACCGGGAGCUUCGCCACGGUUGAUGAGAACGCAGCCAAUGGCUCGGUCGUCGCAGCCGUCUCUGUGGUGGAUGCAGACGAAGGGCUCAACGGUGACACCAGUCUGCGGAUCGUCGCCGGUAAUGACCUGCAGCACUUCCGGCUUGAGAAGUCGCCUAGUUUCUACUUGGUGCGUGUGAACGGCGUUCUUGAUCGGGAGGAAAUUGGAAAGUACAACCUCACGGUGGUGGCCAUCGAUCGGGGCACGCCAGCACGCACGGCCACCGCACACCUCAUUAUCCACGUGAAUGAUGUCAAUGAUCACGAGCCGGUGUUCGAGAAGUCCGAAUACUCGGCGGUGCUGAGCGAGUUGGCCCCUGCAGGCACGUACGUGGCCAGUAUAACCGCCACGGAUGAAGACACGGGCGUCAACGCGCAGAUCUUCUACGACUUCGUAGCGGGUAACCGGGACCAGUGGUUCCGCAUCGAUCCAACCUCCGGGCUUAUCACGACACGUGCUACUCUAGAUCGCGAGGUAUUGGGUCACAUUGAACUAAGCAUAUCGGCGCGAGAUGGCGGUCCAAAUCCCAAAUGGGCGCAUACCCAGCUCAAGGUGACGAUCCUGGACGAGAACGACGAGGCACCUACAUUCGCACAACCGGUGUUGGGGGUCACGCUCAGUGAGACGGCGCCUCCACGGACCAUCGUCGUUUCCCUGGCUGCCGUUGAUCACGAUCAGGGCACCAACGGUAGUAUCACGUACAGUUUCCACCCGAGUGUCGAGCGCAGCUUUCCGGGUGUCUUCGAAUUAGACGCGCUUUCGGGACAAAUUUCGACCCGGGUCGCGCUGGACCGUGAACAAGUGCCCGCGUACACGCUGGUGGUGAUCGCACGCGAUCACGGUUUACCACCGCAAUCGUCAAGUGCCACGGUACACGUGACGGUGGAGGAUGCCAACGACAACAAUCCCGAACUGUAUCCGCGUGCCCUCUUUGUGUCGGUGGCUCAGGACGCCCCGGAAGGCACCGUGGUGGCUCGUUUGACAGCGUCCGAUCGAGACUACGGCGAGAACGCGAUCGUGCAGUAUGAGCUGAUCAGCGGUCCGACUACUGAUGCCGCAUUCUUUGCCAUCGAUGCCGCCUCCGGAGUGCUGACGCUACGUUCCAACCUGCAGAAGUCACCCAAGCCAAUCCAUCGCGUACUCGUGGGUUGUAAGGAUCGUGGUGGUCGUCGAGCUAAGCAGGACGCCGUUAUUGAAGUGGCAAAGGAGUCGCUUGUGGAAGAGAUCCGGUUCGACGCGCCCACCCCGGCUGGGUACGACUUCCGGUUGCUUGAGGAUAAUGGGUUAGAGCGACGUGCACAGGACACUAACCGGGAAGUGGGCCAGAUUCGCACGAAGUGGUCCUCGAGCGGUCCAAUAGCGAGUUCUUCGGGAGUGGAAUUUUCGAUCGUCCGCGGUGAUCCGAACGCGGUUUUCCGCAUCGACGAGCGAACGGGAGUCAUCAACACGGCGCGACACGUCGAUCGUGAGCAGCGCGCCCUCUACCGGCUUACGGUGGCAGCUCGAAACGGGCUAGCGUACGGUGAAACGACAGUGAACGUGACGGUAGCGGAUGUCAACGAUAACGCCCCCGCUUUCCUAUACGAGCUUGACGAAAUCCGGCUUCCGGAAAAUGCGGCCGUCGGACAAGAGGUAUACCUGGUGAAGGCGAAGGACGCGGACACCGGAUCCAACAGCCAGGUGCGCUUCGGACUAAGCAGCAACCCAGAUGGGUUGUUCCGCAUCGCUGAAUCGAGUGGCGUGCUCUACCUCAACCGCUCCAUCGCAACCGAACCGGGCACGGUGCUGUUGCUCGAGAUCAGCGCCACCGACGGAGGCAAUCCUGCGUUGACAACUCGCACCACGAUACAGGUGACCGUAGAGGACGUGAACGAUCACACGCCCGUGUUCGAUCACACCUCGUACGAGACGUCACUGCUCGAGUCGAUGCCAGUAAACUCACGUUUUUUCGCGCUUGCCGCUUCCGACGCGGAUGCAGGCCUCAACGGUCGCAUCUCGUACGCGAUCGUCGAAGGCAACGUAGACGGCAAGUUUGGUAUCUUCCCGGAUGGCUACUUGUUCGUGCGCAGUGCCCUGGAUCGUGAGGAGCGUGACUACUUCGCGCUCACUGUCACGUGCACCGACGAGGGUCAACCGUUACCACGCAGCUCAUCGGUGCCCGUGAUCGUGCACGUGAUCGAUGAAAAUGACAACGCGCCCCAGUUCACGAACGGUACGUUUGUGUUCAGUGUGGCCGAAAAUGAGCCUGCUGACACGUUCGUGGGCAAGCUGACCGCGGUUGACCGUGACAUCGGUCGGAACGCCGAGCUGAUCUACACUCUGACGGCGUCAUCAGCGUCAUCGACGGGAGCAUCGACGGUUGGCAAGGAUCACGAGGACGACUUCAGCAUCGACUCGCGUAACGGUUUCAUACGCACUCGACGUGCGUUCGAUCGUGAAGCGUUAGGUGGCCAGAACUUCCUGACGCUCGAGGCCACCGUUUCGGACAAUGGUGUCUCGCGGUUGCGCGAUCGAGUCAAGAUAAAAGUGUUCAUUACGGAUGUGAACGACAACGCGCCCGUGUUCGUGCGUGCGCCCUACCGUGUGCAAAUCUCCGAGGGUGCGUCCAUUGGCACGCAGCUCAUUCGCGUGUACACGCACGACGCAGACGAGGGCUUGAAUGGGGACGUCUUCUAUUACAUCUCUGCCGGGAACCGUGCCGAACGCUUUGCGAUUGACGACUCCACGGGUCAGAUCACGCUAGCCCGCGGACUCGACCGUGAGACGACCGCUUCCUACCGGUUGACGGUGGUCGCACACGACGCAUCCAAGCAGAACCGACUCAGCGCUUCUACCACCGUCACGAUCGAGGUGUUGGACGAGAAUGAUGAUGCACCAGAGUUUACGCAGACGCUCAGCCAGAUCGCCAUCGUUGAAACGACGCCCAUUGGCACCGAACUAAUGCGGUUCCGUGCAACCGACCUCGAUCUGGGCGCGAAUGCACAGAUCGCCUUUUCGAUCGCGGCCGGAAACCGUCGGGACACGUUCCACAUUGACGCGUUGACAGGGGCGCUUUUCUUGCACCGAGCGCUCGACUUUGAGGACACCCAAAGCUACUCGCUAAACAUCUCGGCAGCUGACGGUGGCAAUCCGCGACUCGCAACUACCAUCCUGUUUGCGGUGCACGUGAUCGACGCCAAUGAUAAUCCACCCGCGUUUCCGAACACUGCCAUCGUGCGCCAGAUCCGUGAAGGUAUUCCGCUCAACACGCCUAUUGUGACGGUCACGGCCGAGGAUCCCGAUUCCGGUUCGAAUGGUAAGGUGCGCUACGAGAUCGCCCAUCAAGACCCGCAGGACAGCGAGCGACCGGGUGAGCGUCAUUUCGGCAUUAACGCCACGACGGGAGUCAUACACACGCUGCACUCAAUCGACCGCGAAGCAAUCGACACGUACCGGCUGACUGUAGUGGCCACGGACCAGGCGGAUCCACCAGCUCAGCGCCUAUCUGCCGAGAAACUGGUCACCGUCAUCGUGGAAGACGUGAAUGACAACGCGCCCGUCUUCGUUUCGAUGAAUGCCGCGGUCCUGCCGUAUCGGGAUAGUGCAACGCAGAUUAUGCGGAUCCAUGCGCACGAUGCGGACUCGAGUUCGAACGGACUCGUCACCUACGAGAUGAUCGGUGGCAGCACAGAUCUCUUCCAGCUGCACCGUGCAACCGGAGCUUUAACGCUGCGUAAGCCCAUCCUAAAGCCAGAGACGCGCUAUCAGCUGUCGGUGCGAGCCACCGAUGAAGCCGUUCAGGCCGACCGUAAGAGUAGCGAUGCGUACAUCACCAUCCUUACGACGAGUGCCGGUGGUUCCAGCGGGGGUCCUGUGUUCGCGAAGAAGGACCUCUCUGGUAGUGUGUCGGAGAACGAACCGAUCGGCACCAGCAUCCUGACCGUGUCGGCCUACCUCAACUCGGUUUCCGAUGUCGAGUACUAUGUCACGAACGUGACGUCGGGCUCGAACGGACGCCAAGUGAAUCGGCUGUUCGACAUCGACACCAAGCUGGGAAUCCUUUCAACCGCGGCUGAGCUCGACCGCGAGACUGGUAUUGAGCACUACGAUAUCGAGGUUUACGCCGUCGCCGUCGGAACCGUGCCCAGGACGACAAGCACACGGAUACGAGUGAACGUGCUGGACAAGAACGACAGCCCACCAAAGUUCCAGAACCUUCCGUUGGUGUUCAGCGUGUCGGAGGACCUGGCAGUUGGCCAGACAGUGGCACGCAUCACCGCAACCGAUCCGGAUACGCUGGGAAAAUUGGAGUACAUGCUGGUCUCGGGAGACGCACUCAAGUUCACGCUAGAGCGGGAAACCGGUUUGCUGAAGCUGCGUGAUACGCUCGAUCGCGAGACAGAGGACGCAUACCGGCUGACCGUCAGUGUAACGGAUGGCAUUCAGAGCACCGAAACUACGAUCACUAUCCAGGUUACGGACACUAACGAUAAUCCGCCAGUUUUCGCCGAUCCGGCAUACUCAUUCGACAUUCCCGAGAACGCCCAGCGAGGCUUCCAUGUCGGAGUCAUUGCGGCUACCGAUCCCGAUGUGGGCACUAAUGCAGCCGUCACGUAUACCGUCAUUUCGGACUGGGCAAACGACGUGUUUUCGUUGAAUCCACAAACGGGAAUAUUCACCCUAACGGCGCGGCUCGAUUACGAAGAGGUUCAGCAUUACAUUCUGGUUGUACAGGCGCAGGACAACGGAUAUCCGAGCCUCUCUAGCACUCUGACAGUGUACUGCAAUGUUGUCGACUUAAACGACAAUUCGCCAAUCUUUGAUCCAAUGAGCUAUUCCAAUGAAAUUUUCGAAAAUGCUCCAAUCAACUCGGAUGUAGUUACCGUUAGUGCCACCGACAUCGAUUCCGGACCCAACGGUCGGAUCGAGUACUCAAUAACCGCCGGCGACGAUAAUGAAGACUUUCAAAUUAUGAGGAACGGUACAAUCCGGACUCACCGGGCACUCGAUCGCGAAACAAAAAGCUCCUACAACCUUGUGAUAACCGCAAAAGACUGCGCAAAGGAACCCGAGAAACGUCUCUCGUCCACCGUACAGGUGACGAUCCUUCUGAAGGACAUAAACGACCUGGCUCCAGAAUUCGUCACCCCAAAUGAAACGAGCGUCGCGGAAAAUAUCCCCAUCAACACGGUAAUCAUGGCGAUCAAAGCGGUCGAUCGUGACGAGGGGCGGAAUGGAUAUGUAGAGUAUCAGCUGGGUGACCAGGGUUCUGCGAUGAAUCCAUUUACCAUCGGGCAAGCUGACGGGCUGCUACGUGUGUCUGCCCAGCUGGACCGAGAGGCCAAAUCUAGCUAUGAAUUAAAGGUCAUCGCCAAGGAUCGGGGUGAUCCAUCCAGGUCCACGCACUCGCAGAUCCGCAUCAACGUGCUGGACGAGAACGACAACAGCCCCAUAUUCGACCCAAAGCAGUACAGUGCGGCCAUCGCGGAAAAUGCCAGCAUAGGGGCGAGCGUGUUGCAGGUAUCCGCCACCGAUAUCGACGAAGGCGCUAAUGGACGCGUACGUUUUUCGAUAGCAGUCGGCGACGACAACCGAGAUUUUACCAUCAGCGAGGACAGUGGUGUUGUGCGAGUAGCGAAAAACCUCAACUUCGAGCGCAAAUCCCUUUACGCCAUCACUGUGCGCGCCGAGGACUGCGCCGGCGACACCGAGAACGGCGAGGUGCGCUUCGACACGGCCCGGCUAUCGAUCACCAUCACCGAUAUCAACGACAAUCCGCCGACCUUUCUAGACUCUCCCUAUCUCGCCUACGUCAUGGAGAACGUUAUUCCACCCAACGAUGGCUAUGUUAUCACGGUGCGCGCUUACGAUGCCGACACGCCCCCGUUCAAUUCACAAGUGCGCUACUUUCUCAAGGAAGGCGACACAGAUUUCUUCAAAAUUAACGCAUCAACGGGUGAAAUUUCCCUGCUUCGUGCGUUGGAUCGGGAAAUGCAGGAGGAGUAUAUCCUCACACUCGUCGCUAUGGACACUGGGUCGCCACCAUUGACAGGAACCGGGACCGUGCGUGUUUUGGUGCAGGACAUCAACGACCACAAUCCCGAGUUCGAGCGCCAAUCUUACCAGGCGACGAUCGCGGAAAAUCAACCUAUCGGGACGCGAGUGCUGUGGCCUCGGGCUAUAGAUCGCGAUGCGGGUCUGAACGCAAAGCUGCGAUACACGUUGCUUGGAGAACACUCGGAUCGCUUCCGACUGGAUGCUAGCAGUGGAGAAAUCACCACAGCCUCCGUCCUCGAUCGUGAAGAAGUCUCCGUCUAUCAGUUCACUCUAAUGGCUCAGGACAGCUCGACGACGGAGCCGAGGGCGACAAUCGUUAAUCUUACCGUCGCUGUGCAGGACGUCAACGAUAAUAGUCCCACGUUUGGGUCACCCACAUUUCAUGUCAGUGUUCCGGACCGCAUCAAGCGUGGCCAGUUUGUGUUCGGGGCCAAAGCGAUCGAUCGGGACGAAAAUGCAAACGCGCGUCUCUCUUAUUCCAUCGUCGGUCCUGAUGUGUCCAAAUUCCGUAUCAACGAGCAAACCGGCGUGAUUGAGGCUGCGACGGAACUGUCCACCCCGGUUUCCGGCACCGGUGCCGAACGUGUCUUUCGACUGACGAUCGUGGCGAAGGAUCAAGGCUAUGAGCCUCGGACGGCCACCUGCGAGCUGGUAGUAACCCUACGAUCUGCACACUUGUUCCCUGUCUUUUCCUACACCUCCGAUACGCAGUUCGUGCUACCGGAGGACAUCGCAGACGGCAAGAUGGUGACGAAGCUUGCGGCUACGUCGCCAAAGAAAGGGUCGAUUGGAACCAUUCGGUACGCAAUCGCUGGCGGCAACAUCGGGGACGCGUUGCGCAUCGACGUGAGUACCGGGGAAGUGGUAGUAAAUCGAGGCGGGCUAGACUAUGAACGUCACCAGCAGUAUGAGGUGUGGAUCGAGGCUGCAGAUUCUGACCGACCAAGCCUGCGCAGUGUACUGCAGUUGAUUGUCAAUGUAACUGACGCGAACGACAACGCACCGGUAAUGGACCGAUCACUGUACAUGGCGGAGGUACAAGAAGAGGAGUCGCCAUCGCAACUUGUGAAAAAAGUCACCGCCAGUGACGCGGAUUCGGAGGAAAAUGGCCAGAUCACCUACCGGUUGCGAGAUGAUUUCGACAGCUUCGAGAUCAACACUGAUACGGGAGAAAUCUUCACAACCACCCGGCUGGACCGCGAGGACAUUGCACAAUAUACGUUGGUGGUAGAAGCCGUCGACCAAGGAGUGCCACAGCUGACUGGCAGCGCGACUGUGGUGGUGAAUGUGCUGGAUAAGAAUGAUAACCCACCUAAAUUUACACGCCUCUUUUCCGUCAACGUGACGGAAAACGCAGAAGUAGGACAGUUUGUGAUUAAGAUCACCUCCUCCGACUCGGAUAUCGGGAUGAAUGCGAAUGCUACGUAUAUUUUCACGGAAAAUUUGGGCGACAAAUUCGCAAUCGACUCGAGUUCGGGCAAUGUAACAGUUGCAGGACACCUAGACCGUGAGCAGCAGGACGAGUACAUUUUGAAGGUAGCAGCAGUAGAUGGCGCUUGGCGCACGGAGACACCGCUAACCAUCACGAUCCAGGAUCAGAACGACAACGCACCCGAGUUCGAGCACAGCUACUAUAGCUUCAACUUCCGUGAACUGCAAAAACCGAUCACCUUCGUGGGACAGGUGAUUGCCACAGAUCGCGACAAGCAGGGUCCCAACUCGGUCAUUUCGUACUCUCUGCAACAACCAUCUGACAUGUUUACGAUAGAUCCAGCAACGGGGGAGGUUUUCAGCAAACGCCGGAUUCGUUACAAGCACACACAACUCGAAGCCUCACCGGAGAAUAGCUUCACAUUGACGGUACUCGCCAUCGACAACGGUAAGCCACCGAUGUACACCGAAUGUCUCGUCAAUAUCAACGUUGUUGAUGCGAAUAACAAUCCGCCGGUAUUCAGCCAACGCUCAUACAUGGCACCAGCUCCGGAAGGGGCUGAAGUGGGCCAGCGCAUCCUUCAAUUGGUAGCGAAAGAUGAGUUGGACUUUGGCGUAAAUGCCGAGAUCGAAUAUCAACUAGUCGGAGGAAAUGGGUCCGAUCAGUUCACCAUCAACAAACUCGACGGAUGGAUCGUCGUUAGUAGGCAACUAAGCGACAAAUUGGUGGCUCCAGGCAAAACUUAUAUGCUGCAAGUGCGAGCCGUCGAUCGAGGAGUUCCUUCUCAGCAUGACGAGGUUAGCGUUAGCAUAAUCGUAACCGGAACGAACAGAUUCGCUCCAGUGUUCCAGAGCCCGUCAUACCAAGUGAUCGUGCCCGAAAACGAGCCUGUCGGCUCCACUAUUCUUACGGUGAGUGCUCCUGACAAUGACGAUGGGCCAAACGGAAUGGUUCGGUACUCGAUACUGUCUGGAAACGAUCAGAAUGACUUCUCCGUGAAUAGUGUGAGCGGCGCGGUUAACAUCCGUCAGCCGCUGGACUAUGACUUCAUACAGGUGUAUCAGUUAAACAUCACCGCAGAAGAUCUGGGCUACAAACCCAAACGAUCAGUCGCCAUGGUAACGAUCACUCUGACCGAUAUCAAUGAUAACGCGCCAUACUUCAACCAGUCGAUGUACGACGCAUAUGUUGCAGAGAAUUCGCCUGUCAGCUCGUUUGUUUACCAGGCACAUGCGUACGAUCAGGAUUCCCCUAAGAACGCGAUUAUCAAUUAUGCGAUCGUGGGAGGCUCGGGUCGUGAUCUAUUCACAAUCGAGACUGGCACUGGCAUUAUCACUUCCCGAGCAACGUUCGACUACGAAGAGCAUGAUCAGUACCAGCUAACCAUUGCGGCAUAUAAUCCCGAUUCUCCGAUGCGAAACGAGUCGAAGAUAAUCGUACACGUGACCGGUGUGAACGAAUACUUUCCCAAGUUCAUCCAACCAGUGUUCCACUUUGAUGUUUCCGAAUCAGCUGAAGUGGGCUCCACUGUGGGCAUCAUUGAAGCUACCGACAAGGACGCCGGGGAUGAUGGUAAAGUAUAUUACUUAUUGGUAGGCUCGAGCAACGACAAGGGAUUUAGUAUUCACCCUAGUACGGGCGUCCUUGUGGUAUCGCGGAAUCUCGAUCGCGAGACUCAAUCGCGAGUUGUGUUGACAGUUUUGGCCAAAAACUACGGUGGCAUUCGAGGCAAUGACACCGACGAAGCCCAGAUCAUCAUCUCCAUCCAGGAUGGGAACGAUCCACCGGAAUUUCAACGCGAACUAUAUGAGGCCAGCGUCUCUGAAGGCGAUCCAGUUGGCACGAAAGUAAUUUCGGUGAAAGCCGUGGAUAAGGACGUUCGACCGCAAAACAAUCAGUUCACAUUCUCGAUCAUGGGUGGCAACAAUGAUCACUCGUUCAAAAUUGAUCCUCAGUCGGGGCAGAUCGAGACAGCUCGUGUACUCGAUCGAGAGACGGUGUCUCUGCACAAACUGCUUUUAGGUGCGAUCGACACGGGAAUUCCACCACAAACGGGAACCACUGUUGUUCGGAUUACCGUAACGGACAUUAACGACAACGGUCCUACGUUUGACCCGAAGGAUACGGUGGGUUCGAUAUUGGAAAAUGAACCUCCCAAUACGGUCGUCAUGACGUUGAGUGCAACUGAUCCGGAUCUUGCACCAAACGGAGCUCCUUUCACGUACCAACUAGUCGGAGGACGACAUAAGUCGCUGUUCACACUCGAGCGUCACUCGGGCAUCCUAAGGACGGUACGUAGUCUUGAUCGCGAACAGACGCCACAGCUCGAGCUGCUCGUCGAAGUAGAGGACAAUGGUAAGCCUCGCAAGCGCGCUCAACACACGAUCACCGUUAAUGUACUGGAUCAGAACGAUAGUCCUUCAACUCCUCGAACCGUGCACGUGUUGGUGUACGUGUUCGGUGGUGGGCCUAUGCUAGGAGAUGUUGCCAGCGUGCAUCCAAAUGAUCCGGAUGUAACGGGCGACUACCGCUGUAGACUGUUGAGCGACGUCAAUAAACAGCCGGUGACGACGUUCGCUAUUUUGAAUGGAUGUCAGUUGCGACCUGCCGACCCAAGCCACCUUCCCGCCAACGGGCUGUCGUUUCUCGUGUCUGGAAACGACGGAAAACACCCGGAUGUGACGUCCACGGUGUCGGUAGAGUUCCUGCAUUUCGACAAUGCCACGGUUGAGCAGUCUAUCACGGUUCGUCUGGAGAACGUCAGCAGCACUACCUUCCUGGCUAACUACUAUCGCAACUUCAUCGACAUCGUGAAAGCGUCUCUCGAACCCUCGGACGAGCUGAUCCUGUACAGUAUGGUGGACACAGGAAAAGCCCUGCAUUGCACCCUAGCGGUACGGAAUGUGCCCUCGAAAAGCUAUCGCUCGAAGCAGUACGUAGUGGAGCGUGUAUCCCGCAAGCUGGAUGCUAUCGGGAAACUGUUACCAAGCGUGCAAACCUCCAUCGGAUACGACCCGUGCCAGUCCGCGGAGAGCUGCGUGAAUGGAGGCGUAUGCAGCGCUCGUAUUCGAGUGUACGGUGAGGAACAUAACCACAUCGCGGACAGCCAAUCCCUUGUGUUCACAUCUCCACCUGUACGGCACGAAGUUGUGUGUGCUUGCCCGGAUGGCUACACUGGGGCUCGCUGUGACAAGCGGCAGGACCCUUGUGCUCCAAAUCCCUGUCAUGCAGGCGGCCAGUGCCGUCGGCAAGGAUACGACUUCCAGUGUACCUGCCCGUCUAAUCGUGAAGGCAAGUACUGCCAACUGGAACGGGGUGACAUUUGCUCGAGUGGACCAUGCAAGAACGGCGGGUCUUGCCGCGAAAGCUCUGACGGUGCGUCCUUUUUUUGCCUGUGUCGACCCGGUUACCGGGGCAACCAGUGUGAGGCGGUCGCCGACUCAUGCCGUCCGAAUCCGUGCCUGUAUGGAGGACUGUGUGUUAGCCUAAAACCGGGUUACAAAUGCAGCUGCGUCGAGGGCCGCUAUGGACGGCACUGCGAGAAAAGCACGUACGGGUUCCGGGAGCUUUCGUACAUGGCGUUCCCGGCGCUUGACGCAGCCACCAACGAUAUCUCGGUGGUAUUUGCCACUACGAAACCGGAUGCUUUGCUAAUCUACAACUACGGCAUCCAGAGCGGUGGCCGGUCGGACUUCGUGGCUAUGGAGAUCGUGAAUGGGCGUGCGGUCUUUUCGUACGGCGGAGCCCGGACCGCGGUAACCUCACUGGUCGUGGGACAGGGUGGUUCAACGGCCAACAGACGUGCCGGAUCGAUUUCAAACGGGGAGUGGCACAAAAUCACGGCCACGCGCAACGGGCGCGUCAUGUCUUUGAGUGUUUCGAAGUGCACCGAAAAUGGCGAUUAUUGUGAUGACUGCCGGCCGGGCGAUUCCAGUUGCUACGCAGACGAUAUGGGACCUACGGGAACUUUGAACUUCAACAAACACCAUCUGCUCGUGGGAGGAUUGAUGACUGCGGAUCCAGUUCUCGAGCGUCCAGGUCAAGUACAUUCCGACGAUCUAGUGGGUUGCGUGCACAGUAUCUCCAUCAACGGGCGUGCGCUGAAUCUCAGCAACCCAAUCAAGUCGUAUGGCAUCGAAUCGACUUGUCAGCGCAGUACGAGCAGUACUGGUCCUUGCGCGGUUGGGUUGCCCGAAGAUCCAGCUCAGCCACUUUGCGGCCCAUUCGGCCAAUGUAUGGACCGGUGGCACACGGCGAUGUGCCGCUGUGGAGGAUCGAUUCUGUCACCCGACUGUUACGGUUCUUUGGACGCCUACUCGUUGCAGGACGGUGCAUUCAUCGAGUUUGAGAUCACGGAAAAGCACAAGCGCAUGCAGCUGCUGGAGAGCAUCUACAGCGGAAAGAGCUGGAUCUGGAGCUACGACGUAACACGCAGCAGACGGCAUGAUAGUCAUGCUGCACCGACGCUGACGAUCGCUGAGGAUCCCCCCAAGUACAUGAGCAUCAUGUUCAAGACGAACAAGCCGAGCGGUGUGCUCAUAUACUCCGCCACUAGCAGCAAGCACUACACAGCGAUCGAGCUGCGUCAGGGUCGGCUCUCAUACACCUCGCAUCAGACGUCCUACGUCAACGUGUCCACUUCCGGUGGUGGUGGGCACCAUGACGGCUCUCUUGCCGACGGUAACUGGCACAACGUGACGUUAUAUUCGCACAGCCGCGUGCUGCAGGUGUUGGUCGAUGGUCGAGCGGUAUUGCCGGAGCUAGACGCCACUGGAGUGCAUGACUUCCUGGAUCCGUAUCUAACCGUGCUUGCCAUCGGAAACGUGCGCCGCGAAUACUUCAACGCGGGCGACUCCGAACCAAUGCCGGCAUUUUUCCAAGGUUGUCUUGCCAACUUCACCAUCAACGGUGAAGUGCAACCUUUCAACGGUUCUGGCAGCAUCUUCCGCAGCGCGGUACACCGAGGAAGUGUAGCUCAAGGCUGCGCGUGGAGUGUCCUCGGGACGGCGCAGGUCACCAAUCCGCUCAACAUCGGCAUCACGCUUGUGAUCGUCUUCUUCGUGAUGCUGCUGAUCGGUAUCUUCGUCUCGUUCCUCGUGGUGCGAUGUCGUCGCCAGCACAAGGAGAAGCACGGUGCAUUGGGACAUUCCUCCACAGCGUUACACUCCAAGCAGAAUGGGACCGGUGGUUCGACGUUACUGGCCGGGUCAGGUCUGGUGUCGUCCGGUGGUCUGCACGUGGAUGGAAGUGGACGUGGACUACACUCCAGUGACCUGUCCGUGGUGGGGUAUCAUUCCGAGGGUGGUGAUAUGCUGCGAGGCGUUGGAGCCCAUCAUCUAGUUGGGCCAGAGCUUAUCUCCAAGAAGUACAAGGAGCGAGACCUUGGUUCCACCGAACCGCAGCGUCCUCAGCGGCCGGACAUCAUCGAGCGGGAGGUGGUGAGCAAGAGCCCCCCAUUGCCACCCCCAAGCCAGUCACAUCACCCAUCCGCCCCACACGACCACCCCAACAACGCAUCCUCGAUGGAUCUCGGUUCUGAGUACCCGGAGCACUACGAUCUGGAGAAUGCGAGCUCCAUCGCACCCUCAGACAUUGACAUCGUGUACCACUACAAGGGCUACCGGGAGGCUGGGGGAGUGCGCAAGUACAAAGCGACCCCACCACCCGUGGCCUCCGCCUACACACACCACAAGCAUCAGACCUCAGCAGCGGCGGCGGCAGCCCAACAGCAGCACCGUCAUUCACCGCAUCACGCGGCCACCGGAGGGCCAUACGCGCCCCGCGUACUCCCACCUCCCCAAGCUAGUCAGCCGCCACCCUCGAACGCGUCGGCUCAUGCACGCCAGCACCAGUCCACACCGCUGGCCCGGCUCUCACCCAGCUCCGAGUUGAGCUCACAGCAACCGCGUAUCCUGACGCUGCACGACAUCUCCGGCAAGCCGCUGCAGAGUGCCCUUCUGGCGACGACCUCAAGCUCGGGAGGUGUCGGUAAGGACGCACUGCACAGCAACAGUGAGCGAAGUCUCAACAGCCCCGUCAUGAGCCAGCUUUCGGGACAGAGCUCGAGUGCACGCAGCCGUUCCAAGAACCCGGGUGGAGGUCCUUCGCAGCCACCCAACGUGGUAUCCGUGAGUUCGGUUGUCGUACCGGUGGUUCACGGUGGUAUGGGGCUGACGGCGGAAGAAAUCGAACGGUUAAACGCCCGGCCACGAACCUCGAGCCUAGUGUCAACGCUGGACGCGGUUUCCAGCAGCAGUGAGGCGCCAGGACGCGUACCAGCGCCUCAUCUCUCGCACAUGCACCACUCGCCGGCGGACAUCGACGCACACAGCUCGACCUCGACUGACGAGAGCGGAAAUGACAGCUUCACCUGCUCCGAGAUCGAGUACGACAACAACAGCCUCAGCGGGGACACGGGCGCCAGCGGCAACGUCGUGGUCGGAGGCAAAUACGGCAAGGCCCGGGACGAGCCUGGUCGUCGCAGUGACGUGGGUGGUGCUGGUGUACCUGGCGGUGGUGGUGUCGGCGGUGGUGGAGGCGGCGGUGGCGGUGGAGGUGGUAACGGAGGUGGCAAAGGUACACCCCAUCUGCCACCGGCGUCCUCGUACGAUGGGUUUGAUUCGUCCUUCCGAGGAUCGCUCAGCACGCUGGUCGCCUCCGAUGACGAUCUGUCAAGCCACAUGGUGGGUAUCUACCGGCAACCGAAUGGUGGAGGUGCUGGGUCACCCUCGGCGACUGGCUGGGAUUACCUGCUCAACUGGGGCCCUAACUUCGAGAGCUUGAUGGGCGUGUUUAAGGACAUCGCCGAGCUACCCAGCGACGUGACGGUGAACGGGCGGGUGCCGAACUCGCUGCGCAUCCCCACCGGUGUGCAGCCGAAACCGUCGGAGGAGUACGUGUGA